AUGCUGACGGAGAUCGAGAGAGCACCGCUGCCCAUCGUGCACUACGGGAUCGACCUGUGGCAGUGCAAGAUUACUGGGCUGAAGUACAUUGAUGGCCACGUGUGCUACGUCAACAGCAACUUCGAACUGCAAUACGCGCUCCUUUCUGUGAAGCACUACGCCCCUUCAGCUGCCGUUCAGGUAACGGACAAGGCCAGCGAAAUCCUCUUCAUCGUCUUCAAGUCCGUGCUGCGCGAGUUCGGCGUCAAGAUCUCGGACCUCGCUGGUGGAACGACGGACUCGGGCUCCGACGUCAAGGCAAUGUGCGUCAACUUCCUGCUGGCGCAGCACAAGGUGUCCCAGGAAAUCGAGCGCUAUCACUUGCUGUACAUCACGGCAGAAGAGGGGUACGAGCGAGCUGCAGUAGAGCGCGACUUCAGUGGCUGCGCCAAUCUCCUCACACGCAACAGGAGCCGCAUGGACACCUACUGGGUAGAGAUGGUGAUGUUCCUCCACGCCAACUUCGAGCACAUCCCCGGGUUCAAGGACAUUCCCAUGAUUGCCGCGAAGGAUAUUCACACAUGUCUGCCGCCACGGUUCAACAGGGGGGAUGCUGACCUGGCGGCCGCUGAGGCCGCCUUCGACGUGAUUGAAAACACCGAAACUGGGGACGUCGGCCUGUGA